AUUGUGGACCACCGAUGUCCAUAUAAAAAGAGAAUUAACUCAUGUUCAUGCAAACGUCUUAUCUAUCGAGAAUGUUGUCCAAGCUGUGUGUACUUGGUGUCUUGAUGUGUCUGGUCUGUGUGAUGAAUGCUUGUAACUCAGAUGAAUUCACAUGUAAGGACGAAAUGUCCAAUUGCAUUGUAGAUUUUUAUGAAUGUGAUGGAGAACCAGAUUGCCUGAAUGGAUUAGACGAAGCCAAUUGUCCUGAGAAUGACGAAGAAAAGAGACAACUCAACGAUUCCAAAUAUAUUUAAAUUUAGUUUCAAUUUUUGUGAAAUUGUAGCAUAAAUUAAAGCAUAUUAAAAAAUA